AUGGGGUGCACUGCACUGAUGGGCGUCGGGCAGCAGAUGCUUCGGAGGAAGGUGGUGGACUGCAGCCGCGAGGAGAGCCGGCUGUCGCGAUGCCUGAACACGUUCGACCUGGUGGCGCUGGGCGUGGGCAGCACGCUGGGGGCCGGCGUGUACGUACUGGCUGGGGCCGUGGCGCGGGAGGACGCGGGCCCCGCCAUCGUCAUCUCCUUCCUCAUCGCCGCCCUGGCCUCCGUGCUGGCCGGCCUCUGCUACGGCGAGUUUGGCGCGCGGGUCCCCAAGACAGGCUCGGCCUACCUGUACAGCUACGUCACUGUGGGCGAGCUCUGGGCCUUCAUCACCGGCUGGAACCUCAUCCUGUCCUACAUCAUCGGUACCUCAAGCGUGGCGCGGGCCUGGAGCGCAACGUUUGACGAGCUGAUUGGGAAGCCCAUUGGGGAGUUCUCGCGGACGCACAUGGCCCUGCAUGCGCCCGGGGUGCUGGCCGAGAACCCAGACAUAUUCGCUGUGAUCAUCAUCCUCAUUCUCACAGGACUUUUAACUCUGGGUGUGAAAGAGUCCGCCAUGGUCAACAAAAUAUUCACGUGUGUCAACGUUCUGGUGCUGGGCUUCAUCAUGGUGUCGGGGUUUGUGAAAGGAUCAAUUAAAAACUGGCAGCUCACGGAGGAGGACUUCCGGAACACGUCAGGUCACCUCUGCCUGAACAAUGGCACGAAGGAAGGGAAACCUGGUGUCGGUGGGUUCAUGCCCUUCGGGUUCCCCGGCGUGUUGUCGGGGGCAGCGACCUGCUUCUACGCCUUCGUGGGCUUUGACUGCAUCGCCACCACAGGGGAGGAGGUGAAGAACCCGCAGAAGGCCAUCCCUGUGGGCAUCGUCGCGUCCCUGCUCAUCUGCUUCAUCGCCUACUUCGGGGUGUCGGCCGCCCUCACCCUUAUGAUGCCUUACUUCUGCCUGGACAAGAACAGCCCCCUGCCGGAUGCCUUCAAGCACGUGGGCUGGGAGGGUGCCAAGUAUGCAGUGGCCGUUGGCUCCCUCUGUGCCCUGUCCACCAGUCUUUUAGGUUCCAUGUUUCCCAUGCCUCGAGUUAUCUAUGCCAUGGCUGAAGAUGGGCUGCUGUUUAAAUUUUUGGCCAAAAUCAACGACAGGACCAAAACGCCAAUAAUCGCCACCUUAACCUCGGGUGCCAUUGCCGCGGUGAUGGCCUUCCUCUUCGACCUGAAGGACCUGGUGGACCUCAUGUCCAUCGGCACUCUCCUGGCUUACUCUCUGGUGGCUGCCUGCGUCUUGGUCUUGCGGUAUCAGCCCGAGCAGCCCAACAUGGUAUACCAAAUGGCCAGGACUAGCGACGAGCUCGAUCCAGUUGACCAGAAUGAGUUGGUGAGCAGCAGCGAUUCUCAGACGGGCUUUUUACCGGAAGCAGAGAGGCUUUCUUUGAAAACCGUACUCUCACCAAAAAAUACAGAGCCUUCCAAAUUCUCCGGGCUAAUCGUGAACAUCUCAACCAGCCUCCUAGCACUUCUGGUCAUCACCUUCUGCAUGGCAGCUGUGCUUGGCAAGGAUGCCCUGGUGAAGGGGGAGUUGUGGGCAGUCUUUCUACUCAUGGGCUCUGCCUUCCUCUGCUCCGUGGUCACGGCCAUCAUCUGGCGGCAGCCCGAGAGCAAGACCAAGCUCUCAUUCAAGGUGCCCUUCUUGCCGGUCCUUCCCGUCCUGAGCAUCUUCGUGAACGUCUAUCUCAUGAUGCAGCUGGACCAGGGCACGUGGGUCCGGUUUGCCGUGUGGAUGCUGAUCGGCUUCUUCAUCUACUUCGGCUACGGUCUCUGGCACAGCGAGGAGGCGACCCUGGCCGCCGACCCCACAAGGACUCCUGACGGUCACUUGGAUCAUUGCAAGUGA